UGUGUGUGUGUGGUUGUCUCGCUCUCGCACGCAUCCAGACGGGCGGCUCAGUGACGCCGUCUCGCUCUGGCGCACUCGCGGCAUCUCGCUCGUCGGGGAAAAAUUGUCAGACCACCUCUUCUGGGCAUGUGGCAUUUUGAUAACAAACAUUUUCCUGCUGAUUUUCCCACGGAGAACUCCACUUGAGCGCUCCGUCGCGGCGAGAAGUCGAUUCUACGCAUUGUCAGCUGAGAAUUGUGUGUGACACGUGCUUUCCGGGUGAACAGAGCGCGAGACUCUCCUCUUAUGCAGCCAACCUGAGCACCUCCGCCAUGGAUCUCAAGUCGCUGGGAUGGAAGUUCCUGAACAAGGAGACAUUCGGCUAUGGCGAGCGCGCCAACUACGUGAACAGCCCGCAUGUGAUCGCCAUGGUGGGCCUGCCGGCCAGGGGCAAGACCUACAUUGCCAAGAAGCUGUCGCGCUAUCUCAACUGGAUUGGGAUCAACACGAAAGUGUUCAACUUGGGCGAGUACCGCCGCCACGCCACCACGGCGUACAAGAGCCACGAGUUCUUCCGGCAGGACAACGAGGAGGCCAUGGCCAUCCGCACGACGUGCGCCAUUAAAGCCCUGGAAGACGUCUGUAAGUGGCUGAAUUCUGGCGGUGAAGUUGCGGUGUUUGACGCCACGAACUCCACAAAGGAGCGCCGCAAGAUGAUAAGGAACAUCGUGGUGGACAAGAUGGGCUAUAAGCUGUUCUUCGUCGAGUCAAUUUGCGAUGAUCCACGCAUCAUUGAGCAGAAUAUCAUGGUAAAGCGCAUGCAAGUGUGUCACACAGGCAACUGUUUAUAUCUCACUGCAGAUGCAUUGCAGGAGGUGAAGAUCAGCAGUCCAGACUAUAAGAAUAUGAACACAGAGGCCGCACUAAAAGACUUUCUUCUUAGAAUUGAACAUUACCAGGAGAAGUAUCAGCCACUUGAUGAAGUGGAGGAAAAUGUGCUGUCGUACAUGAAGAUAUUCAACACUGGCGAGCGAAUCGUCGUCAAUCGCCACGAGGGACACAUUCAAUCGCGCAUUGUCUACUAUCUCAUGAACAUUCACAUCACGCCGCGAACAAUCUACUUCACCAGGCACGGCGAAAGCGACCACAACAUCAGAGGCCUGAUUGGUGGCGAUUCGGACUUGAGCUCGCGCGGCAUUCAGUACGCCAAAGUGCUGGCGAACUACAUCAAGGACCAGCAGAUCGAUGGCCUGCGCGUGUGGACGUCAUGGCUCAAGCGCACCAUUCAGACCGUCGCGGAUGUGCGAGCGCCGCAAGAGCGAUGGAAGGCACUCAAUGAGAUUGACGCGGGCAUCUGCGAGGAGAUGAGCUACGAGGAGAUCAAUAAGAAGUACCCUGAGGAGUUCCGGGCGCGUGACCAGAACAAGUACGCGUACAGAUACCCGCGCGGCGAAAGCUACGAGGAUCUUGUGGCGCGCCUGGAGCCCGUGAUCAUGGAGUUGGAGCGCCAGGGUAAUGUGCUGGUGGUGUCGCACCAGGCUGUGCUGCGCUGCCUGCUCGCCUACUUCCUCGACAAGACAUCAGAUGAACUUCCCUACUUGCAAGUGCCUCUUCACACCGUCAUCAAGCUGACGCCCGUCGCAUACGGCUGCAAAGUGGAGCACAUCAAGCUGCCCAUCGAUGCCGUGGACACGCACCGUCCGAAGCCCGCGGAUGCGAAUUAGAGGGCGCAAAGAGAGAUGCCGGCCAUCAGGAUUUUAUUCACCUUCAACAGACCAACCUUUAUAGUUGCACAUUGUGAGGAAUUAAAAGGCGGACAGGAAACUUUA